AUGGAUUAUCAUUCCAUUGAGAGAAUGAACCUCUUGGCAGUGUCUGAAGUGGAUCCCUCUGUGUUUUUUGCUGCCAUUUAUGACGAGAUUCACGUUUAUCGCUUAAACGCAAGAAGUGAUAAAACGCUUGAUCCAAUAAUGAAGCUCUUACAUCCUCCGCACGAAACGUUGGGACCUGCAUACGAUAAUUUUUCUACAAAGGAGAUCAACGCGAUUAAAGUUGGGAAGCUUGGUACUGAAGAGGUUCUCGCGAGUGUUGGAUCAAGAGGUGACAUACGUGUCUGGUUCACGUCAGCUCUUGAUCGUAAUCCUAUAUGUUUGACCAACAAUGAGUCCACAUGGGGAAUAGCAAUGCACGGGCCUUCUCGAUUAUUAGCAGUUAGUGCGAAUUCACGUGAAAUUACCAUAUUCAACUUUAGAAAUGGAUUGCUUUCCACUGGGGACCAACCCAAAUCUCAACUGUCAGGGACGGGCGAUUAUCCGGCACAAUAUGCAGAUGUGGUGUGUCGACUUAAAGAUAAGCAUGAACCGGCCCAGAGGGAUAGAACUGUACUAAGUGGACAUUUGCACAACAUACCGAAUAUAUGCUUCAGUCCUUGCGGGACGUUUCUUGUAUCAUGCAGCAUAGACCGUACGUGUCGUGUAUGGAAUGUUCAUACUGGGGAGCACAUUUUGACGCGAACUGUCGGCGGCUUUUGGGGAUGGACAGUCUGCUUUGUGUCUCCUUCAUCAUUUGAAAGCGUUACUCGAACAACACCCACGUCUGGUCGUCAAACUACAUCAAAUCAUGUUCCAACUGUACAAGCAAACGCGAACCAUGAAACGAAUCUGCUGCGCAGAAAUCACAACUUUGAUGACACUGACUCGGCAUCUUCACACGAACUUGGCAGUUUUGAUAUAGGUGACGGAGAUAGUGAAAGCCCAUUAUCUGAAGGAGUGCGCACUGGACAUGAGGAUACCGAAUUCUCCGAUGGUUAUUACGAUGAAAACGAUUCCCUGUUUGACAUAGAGUCACUUUCUAUCUCAGAUGACGAGUCUAUAGCUACUCAUUUGCUAGACUCCGAUGAUGAUGCAGAUUUGCUAGAUUUGCUCGAAGGGAAUGGAGAGAGUGACGAGAAUAGCAAUCACGCAACAGUUGACGAUGACGCUCAAUCACAAUCUCCGAAAAGAGCUUUGCCCACUUUACCCAGAUCCAUAACUGUUGACGGAACAACUAUAACACUACUACGCUAUGAUUUGGCGGUUAGCUCGCCUCCGACUGCUUCGUUUAAUGCUCGCAACGAAAGCGACAGACCUCGUAUUAUUCCGUCUACUCCGUUUGAUAUUAUUGACAAUGAUAGCUAUUCUUUUCAUCCAUCUGCUUCGUUUAAUACUCACGAUGGGAUCCGCAGACCUCUUCUUUUUCCGACUUUUCCUGACGCUAUACCACAGACAGUCUCUACUACUACAACAGACACAGAUAAUCUUCCGACGGAUCUUGUUCUCUUCGGUACUUUGUAUGACUUGUACCUUCUGGAUCCUAAGAAACGUCUAGCUCAGCUAUGCUGUGAGAAGCGUGUUAUCCACAUGGAUUCUCGCAUUCCGUUUGGGCAUGAUAUUUCCGAUUCAGUGAAUAUAACUGAGUGGAUACCCGAUCUAUCGCUCGCCGUAGUUGCUAGUAAAAACGGGAAAGUUGCACUAGUCAGAAUUCUCAAAUUGCAUGAUGAGAAUGGAAAUGAGAAGUAUUUCUUUCGCGUUGAGAAACGCCUUCCUGCAUCACGUUCAACGGUGCCUCUGUUGGGAAUAUUUGUCAGUAAGCAUGACAAGGUUUCUGACAAAUCUCUUAUUCAUUAUAACUUGUAUUUCGUCUAUCAUGAUGGGAAGAUGUCUUGCUAUGAAUUAAGAAAGAGAGCAAAUGACAACCCGUUAAGAAUGGACACUUUGAUGAUUUGA